AUGGAGAAUGGAUCAGUGGUAACAUCAUUCAUAUUGAAUGCAUACACUGAACUGGAAGACCAUAGAUACCUAUACUUCUCAGGAUUCCUGUUAUUGUUCAUCCUUAUGGUACUAACAAAUGUAAUUCUCAUUACAGUAAUUUACAUUGAGAGAGGUCUUCAUGAACCCAUGUAUUUUUUUAUGUGUAGCUUAGCGGUUAAUGGAAUUUAUGGCAGCAUAGCUUUAUUACCAUCAAUACUUGGUCAUUUAAUGUCUAAUACUUAUGAAAUAUCUCUGACUGCUUGUCUUUUACAGAUCUUUUGUAUUCACACUUAUGGUUCAAUUGAAUUUACUAAUUUAGCAGUGAUGGGCUAUGACCGGUAUGUUGCUAUUUGUCAGCCAUUACACUAUCACCAAUUAAUGUCUUAUAGAAAAGUGUGUACACUUAUUGCAUUGUCCUGGUUUUAUCCUUGUAUUCUUUUUGGACUCUAUUUCAUAUUAACUAUACAGCGUACAUUUUGUGACAGCAUAAUUGAAAAAGUGUAUUGUAUCAAUUUUGCCUUAGUCAAACUGUCUUGUUUUGAAACUUCUCUACAGAGCAAAGUUGGCUUUGUUGUAACUGUAUUUGCAAUUGUUCCACAGCUGCUCAUGAUACUAUUUUCCUAUGCCCAAAUACUCAGAAUCUGCCUGCUUGCUUCCAAGGAAUCUCAGGCCAAAGCUCUUCAAACAUGCACCCCUCACUUACUGGCUGUGAUUAACUAUGCAGUGGGAUGCUUCUUUGAGGUCAUACAGACUCGUUUUAACAUGAGACAUGUGCCUUAUAAUGCUCGCAUAUUCUUGUCCCUUUAUGUUCUGAUAUUUCCCCCACUGUGCAAUCCUGUAAUAUAUGGAAUUAGCAUUCAGGCCAUACGAGUUCAGAUUUUCAGACUGUUCAUUAUGUGUAAAAAUACAGUAAGUUCACUCCACUGCAGGUGCUGA